UAUUGACCAAUCAGAAUGCGAGCUUUGUGCCCACCGCCAAGAUCAUAUAGCCACUCUCCUCAGGAAGAGUCUGCGAGAAUGUGCACCAUUUUCGGCUCAUAUCUCAUUAUCUGAGUCAUUUAAUGAUAACUGGUCAAAACUGAAUGUAUGCGAUAUCGUGUCUAAUCAAUAUUAUUCCAAAAUGUAGACCAUACGAGGCAGAUGUGCUGUCCGAAAAGGGAGUGAUGAACUCGCCAUUUUAGGAAUCUGCUGUCGGUGAACGAUUUGUUGUUGUUUUUCUGUGCCUAGUUUACGGCUAAUUGGAAGAGUCAUUUAAACUGUUGAAGAGAUCCCGAACUAGCGGGAAUAAUCUAGCAGGCCAGGAUGACACAAAACCAGCAGAAUAUCACAACACUGUUGAUCCCGGACCCAAAUGGAGGUCAGCCCCAGAUGAUUAAGGUGAUGGGUGGCAAGGGUGGCCACUUGCCCAUCCAACUGACUGGGAUGAGUGCUGGUGGUUCUGGUGGCAAUGUUAAAGCCACGUUUGUCAAGACUUCUGGUGACCAGGGACAGACUGUGUUACAGACGAAUAAGUUGCCCAGCGGCCAGAUCAUUGCCAUUCCUGCUAAGCAGGGUCAGCUCAAUGCCCAAAAUAUACGAGGAAGUCAAGUGAUGUUACCAGUAAACAGUGCACACCUGAAGUCCCCAUUAAGAAGCAUGGAUCAGCAGCAACACACGAUGAUGGCCAGUCGAUCAUCGCUCACUACCUCUCCAGUUGUUAUUCGAACGCAAACGGGAUCCUUAACUGCCAACCCAGUUACUCUUCAAGCCCACCAAACAACACACCCACAGGUUCAUCACCAGCAACAACAACAGCAGCAGCAGCAGCAAUACCAUCAACAGCAACAACACGGCAGUACGCAAGUCAUAAGCAAUACACCUCCAAAAAGUCUUAUUACCACGCCGAUAUUGGAUCAUAGCGGUGCAAGAAAAAGACACGACUUCGAUUUUGAUUACGGAGUGGAAAGUAAACGGCGGAAGAGUGAAAAGGGCGGUAAAGGUCUUCGUCACUUCUCUAUGAAGGUGUGCGAGAAGGUUAAGGCUAAGGGUACAACAUCAUACAAUGAAGUGGCUGAUGAACUGGUUUCUGAGUUUACAGAUCCUACCCGGUGUGCAUCGCCAUCUGAUGGUGCUAAUUAUGACCAGAAGAACAUUAGACGGCGAGUCUAUGAUGCCCUCAAUGUUCUCAUGGCAAUGAACAUCAUCAGUAAAGAGAAAAAAGAAAUACGGUGGUUGGGUCUCCCGACAAAUUCAGCCCAGGAAUGCCGUAAACUGGAGCAGGAAAGACAUAAACGGGUAGAACGCAUUAAACUCAAGACACAACAGUUACAAGAUCUCAUAUUACAACAAAUUGCAUUCAAAAACCUGGUGGAGCGUAACCGUACGGAAGAGCGGAAACAUGGAGCUCCAUCACCAAACUCUGCCAUCCAAUUACCAUUUAUCAUCGUUAACACAAACAAAAAGACAAUCAUUGACUGUUCAAUCUCCAAUGACAAAACUGAAUAUCUAUUCAACUUUGAUGACACAUUUGAAAUCCAUGAUGACAUUGAAGUUUUGAAACGAAUGGGCAUGGCCCUAGGACUCGAGAAAGCUCAGUGUUCACAUGUUGAUCUUGAGAGAGCCAAAUCUAUGGUGCCAAAGGCUCUUGAAAGUUAUGUUACAGAUUUAGCGGAAGGUAACCACGAACCUAAGUUGAACCUACGUGAGGAUCUAAGUAUUCUUGGGACUGAAGUCUUUGGAGAAGACGACUUAGAAGUGGGUGCCAUGACACAUACGGGCAGUAGUGGUGCAAGUAGUGGAUUAGGUGUUAUAUCCCGCCACUCCUCUCUCAUCUCCCUCCAAAAUGAACACAGACCAGAAUCUGCAUCCCCAUCGUCCUUUGGAGAUGAAGAAGACGAGGACAUGCUCGAUGAUUCUGAUGUUGAUAUCAGUUAAUGUAAACAAAAAAAUGGGAGGGUGUGUCGAUGGGCUGGGGAGGGGGGCGGGGAAGGACACUUAACAACGAGGGUAUUUAAAGUAUUGUAAUUAGUGUGACAGUGCAAGGCAGUGUGAAGAUUGGAGGUCAUUAUCAAAUAUGGCCAGUGAAGUAGGUUACUUGUAUUUUAUUUUUGUUUUGUUUCCAGAAUUGUGUGUUUGUUGCCCAUUUUCAGUGUGGGUGGGUAAAAUGAUGGCGUGGAGUAUUUAUGCAUAGGAAAAAUUUCAUUCCUUGAGUAGUUAUUUUUUAAAGACCUCAAGGAUUGAUAUAGUGUGCAAAAUAUGGUAUUCCUCCCUACUCUAGAGAGUGGCUGCACCAAAGCCUGAGGUUUCUCAUACAAGACUGGAAAUGUGGGAUGAUGUGGGUCAGGCAAGACAAAAUGCUUGUUGGUGAACAUUAUUUAAUUAUUGAAAAGAAUCUAGUGCAGCCUGUGUGAAGUACAAUUGCAGGGGUUGGCCCUUGGGUGUUGGCUCGUAAAAGUGAUAACUGAUUUUUUAUUUUUAUUAUUAUUAUGAAAGUAGUGGGAGUGGCACUGGAGAGAUGUAGUCUGUGGGGGGUUUGGUGUGAUGUGACUGGAGGGGGGCCGUCUCAGCCUUGGGAUUCAGUACAAAGUGAAGUACAAUUUGUACUACUGCAUCUCUAGUGGCAUAGACAUUUCUGUGACUGGACUGUUUAUAUGCAAUAUUUCUUCUUAAAUUGAAACUUCACUUUUUUUAUAUAUAUAUGAUGGAUAAUUUUUAUUAUCCAGUAUAUAUGAAGGAUGUGUCUGCUCUGGGAGACUGGCAGGUGAGAAGUAACAGCUGGCCAACUGUCCAUACCUAUCCUGUCAUAUUUAUACAGAGAUAAAUAAUUUUAUUAGAAGACCUUACACUUGAUUUAAAAACAUUUUAGUAUAAAGUUAAUGAUAUCAAUCAAAAGCUGCCUUCUUUUACCUGAUAUUAGUCAUUCUCCCCGAGUGGACUGUCUUGAAUCACAAAUGAUAAGAUAGAAGAUUCCAGUGGUAAGAUAUAUGUCCAAAACUGCUAAUCAUUGGAACGUUUAAAUGCCAUUAGUGAUAUUUAACCUUGUUGGCAUCAUCAGUAGCAACAAUUUCAAAGACUACAAAGUGAGUUUAUUUUUAUGAAAGAGCAGAGUAUAUGUGGAAGAGAUGCUUAUUAUUACUCUUGGCCAGAAAGACAUGUAAAUAAGAUUCCCAUUCAGCUCAUGCAGCCAUGAUUUAUGCUAAACUGUCUUUUUGAAUGUGCAUUUGGAAAGAGUGUGGAUUGUGAACUUUGAUCAGUGGGUUGACAUGUUUAUUUAUAUUUUAUUUUACUUGUCUUCAGACAGGUAAAAAGUUUUCCGAUGAUUGAGGGACACAAUUUCUGCUCUGCCCACAGGCACCUAAAUUAAGUUUUUGUGCUUUCAAUGAACUGCAGAAUGGUCUCUUCAACACAAUUUUUCUGAAUACAAAAUUGUGUAUAGUACAAAUUGUUUAGAUAGGAGCAUUAAUAUUUCUCUCAUUCCCAAAUGCAAUUAACUCACAAAGAGAGAAAUGCUGCCUGCCUGCCACUAUGUUAUGAACGAGGAGGUCAAUUGUCUGAGGUCUUAGUUUGGUCAGCUCUGCAUUGUCAUGUUAUUUUGUUAACCAAUUCAUUUUUCUUGAAGAUAAUUAGGGUUUUGUAUAAUUUGUGAUAGUAUCUUACAUCAAAUUUAUUAAAUUGCUGCUGAUAUAGGAUUCUGAUACAAGAUGCACUUAAAUUAUCCGUGUACAGUUUACCAUAAAAUAUUUGUGUGUUUACACACAGUAAUGUCUUCAGAUUAAUUAUUCAGGGAAUUAUCAUUUUUGUUGUACAUUGCUAUUAAAAUUAAAAUAUUUUUUUAUAAUGAGACAUUUCUUAUUGUUCACAUUCCUGUGCAAUAUCUGGGACAAUAUAGUGUCUUUUUAAGUUAUAUCAGGUGUGAGACAAUAUUUGUAGAUUUCACUAUUUCUCUAACUAGUACAUAAAAGUCUCAGAUAUAUCUUGGUGUUAUUUAAGAAAUAUAAUGUUAAAAUUAGUAAUUUAUUUUUUUAAUGUUUGAAUUGAAAAAAAAAUGUACAGUACUUUGAAUAUUAGCGAAUGUGAUGGUUGAAAUAUUUUUCCCUGUUGAUUUACUUCUAUACUUUUCAAAUAGGUUUCAUUGAGACAAACAUCUUUUGUAAUGGGUAGUAAUGUGCCUCAUUUGAAAGUAUUAUCAGUUUUUUCUGGUUCAGUUGCAAAUAGGUUACAAUUUUGAAACCUAAUGGACUGUUACUAAUUUGUUAAGAAAAAAAAAUUAUACACUUUGGUAAUUUGAUUAAAGAAUUUGUUUUGUUUGUUGCAAUGCUUUAUAUUGUUAAAGGCAGGGUUUUGAUGUCCAUGGCAACACUAUGACUUUAAGUCUUGGUGAUGUGCGACCAAACUUGAGUGAUCUGUGAGGACAGCUCCCGGGUGUAAUAUUAACUCAUUUGAAAGUAGACAUCUGUUACUUACAUUUCUAUUUUAAUGGCGGUAAAUCCAGCUCACAAUAGACUGUGUGGACUAAUUGUCUACUAGUCCAAGAAUGUGAUGUGUAAAUGAGUUGAGUGCAUGUGCUAUGUACACAUUAGUUUCUGCACUGACCGAUCCCUAUUCUUCAUGUCUUCACACAAACUUUAAGGAUCACAUUGUAACAUGUUGAAGAAAAAUAGAAGGUUUUCUUUA